AUGGACUUUCUCGCUCCGGACCCAGUGCUGCUUCAUGCACGUUUACGGCCGAACGGCCUGGCCUGCAUCGAACUCGCAACCAACCGCAGAUGGACGUAUUUGGAACUCAACUCCGACAUUCAACGCGCAACCUCUGUGUUAUGCGGGCAAGGGGUCAAGGCCGGUGACCGAGUGGCGACUAUCGCGGCCAACAAUGUCCAUCAGAUCAUUCUGCAGCAAGCCCUCAUGAGGCUUGGAGCGAUCCACGUCCCACUGAACUGGCGUCUUGCCCAACCCGAACUUACGAAGUUGCUGGUGGAUUGCGCUCCGGCUAUUCUCUUCACGGAUCUUGAGCCGCCGCAACUGCCUUUUGGCUGCCACCACGUCAGCUUUUCCCAAUUUGCUGCAGAAGUGGAUGCUGCAGAGCCUGGCCCUCGCUUGGAUGCAAGAUCCUCGAACGAAACGAGUGUUAUUCUCUACACGUCAGGCACUUCCGGGACACCCAAAGGUGUCAUGUUGACUGCUCAGGGUAUCUUGGCGACGACUAUCAAUUUCAGCAUUCUGACGGAAGUCGACACUGCCAGCGUCUUUCUCUGCGACGGGCCCAUGUUCCAUUUCAUGGGUCUCAUUGCUCAGAUUUGGCCAGCUCUAUUGCGAGGUGGUACAUUCAUUGUGUCUCCCAAAUUCAACCCCGAAGUCACAAAUUCUCGGCUUAGCGAUGCAUCGUUGAAAGUCACGCAUUACUUCUGUGUACCGCAGAUGGCCGAGGCCCUCGCUCGCGCAUCCAAUUUCAACGCCUCAGAGUGGGCCACGCUAAAGGCGCUAUUCACUGGCGGAGCUCCCAACCCCCCGCUCGCAUCAAAUGGUGGCUGA